AGAUAAGUCCCUGAGGAAGACGAGAAGCAAUGGGGUUGGAACAAGCAGCUAGUUUGAGAAACCUGCACAUCAUCCCCCGUAUCCCCAAAUCUCCGUCUGUAAUUCAAUGCCCAAACCUUUUCCCUUCCGUAUACUCUCCCUACAAAACCCACUCUUAUAAGUGGAAUGGUUGCCUCAAGUGCUCCAUGAAUGAUUACAAAGACCCGUUCUACGCUAAUAACGAUCACUCCCAGCCUCAGGUCUCGUACCCUAAGCCCCCAGUGAUUCCUUGGAAGAAGGAGCUUUGCAAUUCCGUCAAUCUAAUCGGCAUCGUCGCCAUUCCUGUAGAAAUUAAGAACUUUCCCUCCGGCAAAGUGGUCGCCUGGACCCGCCUCGCCGUUAAAAAAAAUGCCACCCAGUCAUUCUGGAUAAACUUGACAUUCUGGGAUGAGCUUGCACAUGUUGCUUUUCAGCAUGUAGAGAGAGGCCACCAAAUUUAUGUUUCUGGUCGCCUGGUUACAGAUACUGUCCAAAGCAACUUCGGGAAACCGCAGACCUACUACAAGGUGUUUGUUCAGCAGCUGAAUUUCAUUGAAAGGGGUCAAUUACCAGUAUCGACAAACAAUCGCGAGUCUCAUUCCACGAUGACUGAUAGAAGAGGGAACUCCGGUGUAAAUAAUAAUGGCUCUGCAGAAGAAUUAUGGCAAGCGUUCUUUGCUAGGCCAGAGGAGUGGUGGGACAACAGGAAAAACAAGAGGAACCCAAAGUAUCCUGAUUUCAAGCACAAAGAUACAGGGGAAGCAUUGUGGGUGGAGGGCAGGUCCAAUCCACCAUGGGUCAAGUCCCAGCUGGAAAUAAUGGAUACGAGGAUGGAGCUUUUCCCUGAUCAAAAUGCUAGGAUGCCUGUAAGCAUGGCGGCUGCUGAUGAAUUCUUGUCUUUCUAAAAGCUUGUGUCAGCGGUGCCCAACGUAGCAUUUGAUUUUGACGAGGAUACUUUGUACAGUGUGUUACACUUUGAAUGCAAAUUAUAGCUCUACUUCAGCAACUUACAUUAUUCGUUUGCUGUGCCUAAUUUUCUGCGCUGAUUGCGCACGUGUAUCUUAUUUGCUGAAUUAUUAUCGUGAACGACAUCAGAAACACUGUUUUGUCUUUAUAAAUAAAACCAUCCUCGAUAUAUCAUUUUGGACAA